AUGACCGGUCCCAAAGACCAAUAUGACAUCGUCAUUGUGGGCGCGGGCCCUGUAGGGCUCCUUCUCUCACUGUGUCUGUCUAGAUGGGGUUACAAAGUCAAGCACAUCGAUAACCGCCCCGUACCUACCACUACGGGUCGCGCAGAUGGCAUUCAGCCCCGUUCCAUUGAGAUCCUGCGAAACCUGGGCUUAAAACGUCAGUUGAUGGCAUAUGAGCCGGCAAAGGUCUAUGAUGUCGCAUUCUGGGACCCUCUCCCUGCUGGUAAAGGCAUCCACCGCACCGGAACCUGGCCCAGCUGCCCGCGAUUCAUUGACACGAGAUAUCCGUUUACCGCCCUUAUCCACCAGGGCAAAAUCGAAAGGAUGUUCUUGGCCGAGAUCGAAAAAGCUGGAACCACCGUCCAGCGUCCUUGGACCAUUAUUCGCUUCGACAAUGAUGGCAAGGACGAGGCAUAUCCUGUCGAAGUGGAUCUCAAGAAUCUCGACACAAACGUCAUUGAGACUAUCCGGACAAAGUACCUCUUCAGCGGAGAAGGAGCCCGGAGUUUCGUUCGUGAAAAGCUUGGAAUUCAGAUACGCCACAAGGAUCCGAUCUCCCACGUGUGGGGUGUUAUGGACGGGGUGGUCCGGACAGAUUUCCCCGAUAUCAAGACAAAAUGCACCAUCCACUCGGAUAGCGGUUCCAUCAUGGUUAUCCCCCGUGAAGAGAAUAUGGUGCGACUCUAUGUCCAGAUUGCUUCUUCGACAGACCCGGACUUUAACCCCAGGAAAACGGCCACGGUUGAGGAAGUGCAAGCUGCCGCAAAGAAGAUUCUUCGCCCUUAUUACCUUGAAUGGGAUCGUGUAGAGUGGUACUCAGUAUAUCCUAUUGGACAGGGAAUCGCAGAGAGGUAUACGCUAGACAACCGUGUCUUCAUGGGCGGAGAUGCCUGCCACACCCACAGCCCCAAAGCAGGUCAAGGUAUGAAUACUGCAUUCCACGAUGCUCUCAACAUGGCGUGGAAGAUUCAUGUUGUGGAGUCUGGUUUGGCCGACCGGUCCAUCCUGAGCACAUAUGAGCUCGAGCGUAAACAGAUUGCCGAGAACUUGCUCGACUUUGAUAACAAGUACGCAGCGCUGUUUUCAAAGCGUCCUCCAUCCGCAGGUGAAGUGGGCUCGGCCGAUUCCCAUGUCGCUCCUGUUGGAGAGGAAGACGAGUUCGUGAAGACAUUCAAGUCAUCCUGCGAGUUCACCAGUGGCUAUGGUAUAUCAUAUGACGCCAAUAUCUUUAACUGGUCCCCAAGCCAUCCGGCGAAGUCGCCACUGUUCAACAUCCCCGGGGUGAAGCUGCGUGUUGGACGUGCUUUCACUCCUUCCAAAGUGACAAGGCUCUCGGAUGCAAAUUUUGUAAACUUGGAGCAGGAAGUUCCUGCUAAUGGUGCAUUCCGCAUAUUCGUCUUUGCGGGAAUUCCCGCGAAGACCAAGCAGGCACUCGCCGAUUUUGCAGCAAACCUUGAGAAGGAACGGUCAUUCUUGUCGGUUUAUCGAAGACCUGAUAUUGCCAGUGUCUCGCACUUCGAGCGUCAUAACCCCCAUUCCAAACUUUUCACUAUAUCUGUCGUUUAUGCAUCCGACAAGAACGGUGUCGACCUGCCAAAUCUCCCCAACUUCCUCAAGGCCUAUCACCACCACAUCUACGCUGACGACCUUCCGGACGUCCGUGUACCACAGGCUACCUUCGCGGCUCACGAGAAGCUUGGAUUCGACCCAGCUAAGGGAGGUGUAGUUGUCACCCGUCCCGACAGUCAUGUUGCUUGCACAGUGCAGCUAGUGGAAGGAAGCGGAACGGUGGACGCACUGAACGAAUAUUUCGGCUCGUUCUCGACAAAGCCACUAGGACUCAACCCACAGCUGAGCCAUCUCCUAACAGCGGGAUAUUUGGAUAGCGUGACGGAUCUCCGUCCCAGUGACACGCAGGAGAACCCUUAUUUUUAUACAUUUAAGGUGCAAUGCACUUCUUGUCGGGAGACCCAUCCUAACUGGGUCAGCUUCAACCGCUUUGAGGAGCAUGAGAUCCCGGGCAGCCGUGGCAACGCAAAUUUCGUGUGGACAUGCAAGCUUUGCAAGAAAACCCACUCUGCAUCCGUGACUGCAGGCCCUAAUUCCUAUGAUGUCGAAAAGAAGUCUGGCCAGAAGAUCAUCGAUAUCGACUGCCGUGGUCUAGAAUUCACCGAAUUCAAACCUGACGGAGAGUGGGAGGCAAAAGGAAUCGAGUCCUCGACGCCUUUUUCUAGCAUCGACCUCUCGGAAGGAGAAUGGUACGAUUACGAUGAGAAGGCGGGGGAAGAGGUCAGUAUCAAGGAUAUUACCUGGAACAUCAGCCGAGUUGGGACUGAGCUCAUUAUCCGCCUCAAGUGGGGUCAGACAGAGUACAAGGGCAAGCUGGAGAGCAUCGACUCCUACAUGAACGUGCUUCUGAGGGAUACGGAGGAAUUCAUUGACGGCAAGAACACUGGAAGCCUCGGUCUUGUCCUUAUUAGAUGCAACAACAUCCUCUGGAUGGCCAGUGCGGAUGGCGUGGAGAUGACAGAUCUGGGUUUGAAAUAG